AUGGCCGACACAAUCGAGGACCCGCAGGCGUACCUCACGCAAAUGCUCAAUCGGACGCUGCACGUUCACACUGCCGACGGCCGCAUGUUCGUCGGGCAAUUGAAAUGCACCGAUCGUGAACGCAACCUCAUUCUGGCCAUGACCCACGAGUAUCGCCAGCCGUCGCAUCUCGACAUUCAACGUGCGGCUCAACGCCAUGAACAAACAGGGGCGAGUGGCAACUUCCACCUGGACAUGAAGAAGAGAUUUGUGGGCUUGGUGGUAUUGCCAGGACAGCACAUCGUGAAGAUUGAAUUGGAGAGAUAUGGCUGA